AUGCCAAGUAAAACCUUACGGUCAAAACGGUCCGGCAAAUCCGUGAAAGUGGUCGGUCCGAAAGAUACAAUCGGUGGUGUGCAAGCGGCGGUCACGGAAGAUCCCGAAGAGUCCAAUCCAGGUCGAACGUGUCAAGUGUGCCGUGGGGAAGAUACGGAUAGUGUGGUGAGGUGUGAUGAUUGCUUGAAAUGGCAUCAUUUUGAAUGUGUUGGUGUUACGCAGGAGAUCGAGAAUUACCCAUGGAGUUGUGCCAAAUGCGAAGCAGCAAAAGGAAUCCAGGAUACAAAUUCGACUGACAGCGUCCCUCUUCACAGAGAUGGUAAUUCUACAAAGCAAUUGUCCGAGCCGACUACAAAAACGUGUCUUUCAACGACUUCUCCAAAGCAGCAUCUUUUAUAUAACGUCAAAUCAGUUGACACCCUAUUACCAGUUCAAUCAUCCGGAACAGUUAAAUCGAGCUACCAGAGCAAGGAGAACCCAUUUGCAUCCGUAACAUCGUUACAAUGGGUGGUAUCCAAGAACAACCCCCCGGAGAAAAAUGCAUCGAAAGCUCCAUCAGUUGCAUCUAGUCGUUCAUCUCAAGCCUUGGCAAGAUUGCAGCUACAGAAACUGGAAGAUUUUCGAAAUAUCGAGCGACGUGAAGCAGAACAGCAACGAGUAAUUGCAGCGGAAGAAAUAAGAAAGGAAAAGGCAUUCUUGGAACAGAAGUAUCAAUUGCUAGAGAAAGCGAUGAAUGACAACAGUUCAGUUAGCAGUGUUUCGGAAGAUAAGGUAAAGAACUGGUUGGCAAUUCCAAGUGAGCAUGAGUACUCGUCAGAUCCGGAAGUUGAAGAACAAUUCAAUCCGGACAGGCAUUCUAGCAAGAUACAACAAAGAAGUCUACCGAACUCGCGGAUCGACAGCCACCACUCGUCGCUGUCAGAACCGAAUCCUCCGGAACCAUUUCCAGAACCGAGAUCAUUGUCAUCGUAUUCUAUUGACCGGGAGGAUGCAUCGAAUUUGACUUUCAAGCUAGAUCAUGGUUCGAUCCCAAAUGGUUUGACAUCGGUUCCGAUCAUAGGACCCCCACGCAAAGUUUCGAUUGCACGACACCCACGUUCGCAUGUAAAUUCGAAAGCUCUAUUACCAGUACCAGGCGUGAAUCCAACUCAGGAGAGUUUCUUCCCUCGAUCUUCUCAACCAUCACCAGCUUUUGUAACACAGACUGCCUUACCGAUACCAGAUCGUCAAUUUCCACGAUUCGAUCCAAACCAUGCUUACUCAGGUAAAAGGGAUCCACAAUCGAUGCCGCAAAGGAAUCAAUUGAAUUCAACCCCUCUGCAGUUCAGUGAUGUCUACGACCAUGAACAAGACGAACUUGAUCCAUUUUCAAUUUCCCGGAAGCAAUUAGUCGCUCGUCAAGCCAUAUCGAAAGACCUGCCACUGUUCUCUGGAAAUCCCGAAGAAUGGCCACUUUUUCUCUCCUCCUUUAACAGUACGACUGCCAUGUGUGGAUUUACUAACGAAGAAAACAUCGUUCGUCUGCAACGAAGUCUAAAAGGCUGUGCCUAUGAGGCGGUUAGAUGUAGACUAAUGCAUCCGUCCAAUGUCAACGGAAUUAUGUCUAUGCUAAAGAUGUUGUUCGGGCAACCGGAGGUGAUCGUGAAUUCGAUGAUGUCAAAGAUUAACUCCCUUCCUGCGUUGAAAGAGGACAAAUUGGAAACUCUUGUAGAUUUCGCCGUUAGCGUAGAGAACUUUUGUGCGACAGUGGAAGCGUGUGGGCUCGAAGAAUACUUUUACAAUGUAACGUUUCUUCACCAACUCGUCAGCAAGCUGCCGUCAUCAAUAAAGCUUAACUGGGCACAAUACAGACAGUCACUUCCGAUGGUUAAUCUACCAUCCUUCAGCAGUUGGUUGUACUCGCUGGCAGAAGCUGCUAGUGCUGUCACCUUUCCAAGCUUCGGUUCUGAACCCAAAUACGUUCGAAAUGAGUCACGUGCAACCAAGAAAGGGAAUCUGUACCUCAACACACAUUCCGAAGGACACUCUGUAGAAUAUCGCUCAGCAGUGCCAUCGAACGCGAAGAUGGUAUCCGAGAGCUGCCUGGUAUGCAAAGGGAGUUGCAAAUCAAUCGCUAAAUGCAAUCGCUUCUUAGAGUUCUCUCGUGAUUCGCGUUGGGCGACCGUUCGAGAUCUAGGGUUAUGUCGCAGAUGUCUACGCCAACACAAAGGAGUAUGUCAAGCCAAGUUAUGCGGAAGAAAUGGUUGCGAGCUCAAACACCACGAAACACUGCACAAGGACCAGAAGAGCGUCCCUUCAGAUGCUUCUGCUAGUAACAUGAACAAAACUCCGCCGACUCCGCAUCAUGUUUCACCGGAACAGAAACCUAGUUCAUCGGAGCAUGGAUGUCACAGUCAUCAAAUUACAUCUAGCCAGGUUCUAUUUCGCUACUUACCGAUCGUACUUCAUGGAAAGUAUGGUUCUAUUCAAACGUUCGCCUUCUUGGAUGACGGAUCGGAACUCACACUACUCGACAAUGAACUGGCAGAUGAAUUGCAACUCGAAGGAGAAAUAACGCCAUUGUGCUUACAUUGGACGGGCGGAGAAAAACGUAGUGAAGAUUGCUCAAGGAGCGUCGGGCUGGAAGUUUCAGCGAAACACAAUCGUUUAAAAAAGUACAGUCUACAAGGUGUACGUACCGUAAAGGGGCUACUUCUCCCGCCACAAACACUCAACGUAGACGAACUUGUUUCACUGUAUCCGCAUCUUAAGGGUCUGCCAAUCACUUCAUAUUAUAAAAUUCGACCAAGGAUCAUGAUUGGCAUAAAGGACCAACACCUGAGCUUGGUACAAAAGAGUCGUGAAGGUGCACUACACCAACCAAUAGCUGUUAAAACCCGUCUGGGGUGGACAGUCUGCGGAGGAGGUAACCAAGAAAACACCGCAAACAUGGUGCAUUCAGUUUUCCACGUGUCCGCCCGUGAAUCAUCGACAGACGAGGAGCUACACAAAGCGAUGAAGGAAUACUUUACAUUAGAAAGUUUGGGAGUUCCACAGCCAAAGAAGACUCUCCUCUCAAUGGAAGAAGAGCGAGCUAAGUUCCUGCUUGAAACCCGCACAGUUUUCAAGGGAGACCGAUACGAAACGGGUCUGCUGUGGCGCUACGAGAAUGCUCGUCUACCAGAUAUCUAUCCCAUGGCUCUGCGCCGGCUGCAAUACCUUAAAAGGCGAAUGGAGAAGAAUCCCCAACUCGCCGAAGCUCUCAAUCAGAAGAUUAUCGAUCUCGUUACAAAAGGAUAUGCCAGGAUACUCUCAGAUGUAGAGCUGAAAAAAUCUUUUCCUCGGGUAUGGUAUUUGCCUAUAUUCCCGGUCACAAAUAUAAACAAACCCGGAAAAAUUCGAAUGGUUUGGGAUGCGGCUGCAGCAUCAUACGGCGUCUCACUCAAUUCAUUCUUGUUGAAAGGUCCCGAUCAGCUUAGUGAUCUGUUCAACAUAUUGAUCCAAUUUCGUGAAGGAAGGAUCGCACUCACGGCAGACGUGCGUGAAAUGUUCCUGCAAGUACGCAUGCGAGACGACGACCAACAAUGCCAGCGUUUCCUUUGGUACCACGAGGUUGGGAAAAUCGUUGUGUACGUUCUUCAGGUGAUGACGUUUGGAGCUUGUUGCUCUCCUAGCAGUGCCCAGUUCAUAAAGAACCUGAACGCCGAGCGUUUUAGGGCAGAGUAUCCAGUUGCAGUUGAGGUGAUCCAGAAGCGCCACUACGUCAACGAUAUGCUAGUUAGUGUUUGCACAGAACAGGAGGCGAUUCAGCUCGCACAGCAAGUGAAACGAGUACAUGCUGAGGGAGGAUUCGAGAUCCGCAAUUGGAUUAGUAACUCUAAACAGGUCGUGCAUGCUUUAGAAGAGAAACAAACGGAAGAAAAGAACCUAGAUCUGUCACCAGAGCUAUCUACAGAAAAAGUGCUUGGUAUGUGGUGGUGUACUGAUUCGGAUACUUUUACCUACAAAGAUGGAUGGAGUCGCUACGGUCGAGCGCUGUUGGAAGGUGAACUUCGUCCAACAAAAAGACAAAUGCUACGCGUUCUCAUGUCCAUAUACGAUCCGCUUGGAUUGAUCGCCCAUUUUCUCAUGUACCUGAAAGUUCUGCUUCAAGAGGUCUGGCGCUCCGGAAUCGACUGGGAUGACCAAAUCGAUGAUGUACUUCUCAAGAAAUGGCACACGUGGCUACGAGUACUUCCACAAGUUGAACGAAUCAGCCUUCCUAGGUGCUAUCUGAGCCGAAUUCCUUCUAGAAAUGAUGAUGUCCAGCUCCACACCUUCGUAGACGCAGGAGAUAACGGAAUCGCAGCAGCCUGUUACUUACGUUUCCAAGGCAAAGACGGCGUUGUCGAAUGCAAAUUAGUCGCUGCAAAGACCAGGGUAGCACCAUUAAAAUAUCUUUCAACUCCUAAACUAGAGCUCCAGGCAGCGCUAGUUGGAGCUCGACUCGCUCGCUCAGUUUUCGAAACCCUUGCGCUCCGGAUCUCACGAAAAAUCUUCUGGUCAGAUUCACAGGAUGUGCUUUGUUGGAUCAAAUCAGAUCAUCGCCGUUAUUCGCAGUUUGUUUCAUUUCGAGUCAGCGAGAUCCUGGAAACAACAGAGAUGAGUGAAUGGAGAUACGUCCCUACGGACUUGAACGUAGCAGACGACGGAACAAAAUGGAAAGGUGUUCCCGAUCUGACAGCUCAAGCAAGAUGGUUCAACAGUCCCAAGUUUCUGUAUCUGACGGAAAAAUGUUGGCCGAAUAUUGUCAAAGGUCCGAAAAUUACGGACCUAGAACUACGCCCGAGUGUGCUGACACACUUCGUCGGAACAGUGCCAGUGGUACAAGUUAAAGACUUCUCUACCUGGAACCGAUUAGUCAAGGUUGUCGCUCUAGUUCACCGGUUUGCAAACAACUGCAAACUAAAGAUGCAGAAAAAGUCAAUCGCAACUGGACCCCUUUCCAAUACCGAAAUAUUGUUCGCUUCAUCUUUUGUAAUUUGCCAAGCGCAGCAGGAAUCCUUUCCUGAUGAAAUAGCUCUGCUUAGAGAAACGCGGCUGAAACCGGACCAGUUUUCAAUGCCGAUUCCUAAAACAAGUCCUAUUCACCAAAAAUCACCGUGGUUGGACCAGCACGCGAUACUGAGGAUGCGUGGCCGCAUUGCCGCCUGUGAAUAUGCAACCGAAGACGCAAAACACCCAAUUAUACUUCCCCGUGACCACCAUACCACCAGAUUGAUUAUUGCACAUUACCACCAAAAGUACCACCACCAAAAUCACGAGACCGUUAUCAACGAAGUUCGCCAGAAAUAUAGUGUUCCUAGGCUUCGAAUGACCUAUGCCAGAGUGAGGAAAGACUGUCAGCGCUGUAAGAACGAUCGAACAGCUCCACGAGUGCCAAUCAUGGCUGACCUGCCACCAGCACGGCUGAAUGCCUUCACACGCCCCUUCACGCAUGUUGGCGUCGACUUUUUCGGCCCGUACGAGAUCGUUGUCGGGCGAAGAGUGGAGAAGCGUUGGGGGAUGCUCGCCACUUGCCUUACAAUCCGUGCGAUUCACAUCGAAGUUGUGAGCUCUCUCAAUACAGAUUCGUGCAUUAUGGCACUGCGGAAUUUCAUCUCACGCAGGGGUCAACCUAGAACCUUCUACAGUGAUCGUGGUACCAACUUCAUUGGUGCAAGGCGUAUAGUCAAGGAAGCAGAGCAGGAUGUUGACGAAUGUGAACUGAUGAAGGAAUUCACGGAUGCGGAAACUAGUUGGGUAUUCUUGCCGCCCUCUUCACCACACAUGGGCGGGAGCUGGGAGCGCUUGAUCGGCAGUGUCAAGAAAAAUUUGAUGAUGACCCUUCAGAAUCGGAAGUUAACGGACGAGGUACUUCGGAACCUGUUGGCAGAAGUCGAAAGCACAAUCAAUUCUCGACCUUUGACACAUGUUCCCAUAGACGAUGAUUCAGCGCCCGCCCUAACCCCCAACCACUUUUUGCUUGGUUCGUCCAACGGAGUAAAACCUCUUUGCACCAUAGACGAUACCGGGACCGUACUCCGCCAAAGCUGGCUGUUAUCCCAGGUUCAAGCCAACAGAUUUUGGAAUCGGUGGAUUACCGACUAUCUACCAGAGAUAACCCGCCGCACCAAGUGGUUCAUUCAGACGAAACCGAUCGAGAUUGACGAUGUGAUAGUUAUCGUGGACCCGAAGUCACCAAGGAAUUGUUGGCCGAAAGGUAGAGUAAUUAACGUUCAGCCGGGAAGAGAUGGUCAACCCAGAUCAGCAACAGUGAGGACCCCAACCGGCAUUUAUGAGCGUCCGGUGGCCAAGUUGGCCGUGCUAGACGUACGGCGCGGAGACGUGUAA